GCUGGUAUGAUCGCACACAGUUGAUAAAUAAGUAUACUGUUUCUGCUUAAAAGGUACAACGAGUUGACUCAGUUAUCUCCGGUGUCACUCGUCGUUAAAUCAGAGAAAGAAAAAAGAAACCUUUUUCUUUUCUCUCACUGUUGACAGUCGACUUCCCCCUACGAUUUCAUUUCACGGGUCAAACUAAUGGCGAGUGAAAAGCUUAUUACUACAGAGACCGUUGCUCUCACGGAGAAGAAAAUGGACAUGUCUUUAGAUGCCAUUAUCAAGAUGUCAAAGAGCAAUACCAAUAAUAAUGUCAAUAAAGGCAAGAAACACAGAGCAUCGAAUAAAAAGGAGAGUUUUAAUAGUGCUGCCAGAAACAGUACGGUAAAAGCUCAGCGUUAUAUGGACUCACGGUCUGAUCUUAGACAGGGUGCUUUUGCUAAGAGAAGGUCAAGUUUCCAAGGAAACCACUUUUCUGUCACAACGAACAUUGCUAAUACGAAUCAAUCGAGGUUCAUUACUCCACCAGCUCAGUAUGGUUCUGCACCAAGAGGGUUUGUGGCCAAGCAGAGGGAGAAGAUAGGGGAGAAGCAAGCAAAUGGAGGAGGACAGAGGCAAGGGCCUCAAACGCUGGACUCACGGUUUGCGUACAUGAAGGAAGAGAGGAUGAAAAUGAAAAGGUUUGCAGAAAAGGGUGGCAAUGUAGUCAAGAAUGGUGCUGGAUUGCAGUACCACCAACAGCAGCAGCAGCAACGUCCCUGGGGCAGAAGAGCCACAAGAUUCCCCAACUGAUUUAUGUGAUCCGCAGCGUUCGGAUGAAUAUAUAUUUGCUAUUCAUGUAGUUUGGUUUGGAUUCAGUGUUUGAACUAGUGUACAACAUUCAUUUGUGAAUCUCUCUCUCUCUCUCUCUUCUUGAAGACUAGCAGAAGAGGAGAUAUUGAAACUUGGUUGUACUUGGUGUGUUCAUUGGUCAGGGAGGGAUUUGGAUAUUGACUAUUUUGGCCUAAAGAUCACUGAGUUAUAUGUUUGCUUCAUGA